AUGUCUAAGUUGAGAACAGAGAAAUCAAAUAAUUUAGAGGCGGUGGUCUCAGAGAUCGAACCGUAUUACUCUGAGUCUACGAAGGGAAGUCGCUGGACAGAAUUCAAGGAUUCGUUCAAAAGACAGGUUCCGGAGGACGAGGCCAAAGGGUCCAGUGGAACACAGAUGAAAAAAUCCAUCAGUAAAAGACAUUUAAGGUUAAUGGCAUUAUCUACUGGUCUCGGUACCGGGUUAUUAGUGGCAGCAGGAGCAAAAUUGGCUACUGCAGGUCCAUUAUUUCUUCUUGUUGGAUAUGCCGUGGUGGGCUAUUUCAUGUUGAUUCCCUGUAUAAAUGCUGUUGGAGAAUUAUCGGUUGCCUAUAACAAUUUACCUGGUGGGUUUCAGUCAUACUAUAGAAAGUUUAUGGAUGAAAGUAUUGCAUUCGCGGUCGGUUGGAAUUAUUGUUUCCAAUGGGCUACAGUCAUUUCCUUAGAGCUUGUCACUGCUGGGAUGACUAUCAAGUUUUGGACCACAUCUAUCAAUCCCGACGUUUUCGUGUUGAUAUUCCUAACAAUAGUUGUGUUGAUUAAUUUAGCCGGAGCCAAAGGUUACGGUGAAGCUGAAUUUUACAUGAAUAGUGUAAAGUUGCUCAUGUUGGGAGGUUUCGUAAUAUUCGGUAUCAUUAUUGAUUGUGGUGGAGGACCCCAAGGGUAUAUUGGAGGUAGAUACUGGCAUAAUCCUGGUGCAUAUACCAGUUUCAAAGGGUUGUGUAGUGUUUUUGUCACCUCGGCAUUCUCAUUAGGUGGUACCGAAUUCAUCUCUUUAUCAGCCGCAGAACAAGAAAAUCCCAGACAAUCCAUUCCAGCUGCAUGUAAGUUGGUGUUUUUCAGAAUCACUGUUUUCUUCCUUGGUUCAUUAGCAUUGGUUGGAUUGUUAGUCCCAUACAACUCUGACAAGUUAAUGGGUUCCGGAGAUUCCGGUACAUCCCCAUAUGUCAUUGCAGCACAAAUGCAUGGAGUGAAAGUCAUUCCUCAUAUAUUUAAUGCUGUCAUCUUGGUGUCGGUCACAUCUGUGGCUACAGCUGCAAUGUACUCAUCUACACGGUUAUUGCAAUCGUUGGCCGAGCAAGGUUACGCCCCGAAGUAUCUCAAUUACAUCGAUCGUGCCGGUAGACCGUUAAGGUGUUGGAUCGUCACCAUAUUUGCAUCACUUUUUGCAUUCAUUGCCACUUACGAGGAUGAAGAGGCUGUCUUCACCUGGUUGUUGUCUAUCUCUGCUUUGAGUUUUAUCUUUACCUGGGCCUGUAUCGAUGUCUGCCAUAUCAGAUUCAGGGCAGCCUUAAAAUACAACAACAUACCGUUGAGCUCCUUGGGUUAUGUGUCUAGUACCGGUACCAUUGGCUCCUAUAUCUCCUUCAUCCUCAACAUUUUAAUUCUUGUGUGUCAGUUUUGGGUCUCAUUAUUCCCUAUUGGCGGUGAUGGCUCUCCUAACGCCCUUUCAUUCUUCCAGAACUACUUGGGUGCAGUCGUAUUACUAGUCUUUUACGUAGGUCAUAAGCUCUAUACCAGAAACUGGAGCUUCUAUAUCAAGGUACAAGAUAUUGAUAUCGACGCCGACAGGACCAUCUACGACCCCGAAAUCUUGGAAUUAGAAAAUCUUGAAAACAAGCAGCGCUUCAAAAAUGCGCCUUUCUGGAAGAAGGUCUUGAUUUUCUGCUUCGAUUAG